CCGAAGUUGGUUUUGGCUCUGGGCUGGAUAUGUGGAAGUUGGGGGCCAGACACUUUGCUCAGCUCAGCAGCUCGUAUUGAUCUCCGGGGCUCUUUUGUCUCCUCCUCCCAGUGGAAGCCUCUCCUCCUUCUCCCCCUCUCUCCCUCUGCUUUUCAGGCUCUUCCGCUUUGCUCUUCUGCUUCCACUGAAUUGAAAUCUCCGAGAGCUGCCACGGCUCUGAGGCAGCUUAGCCCGGGCCUCCCAGCCUCCAGCUACCCGCCUGCUUCGCAGACCUGACGGAAUCAGAAGGUAGGCCACAGAGAAAUGAUUUCCAAGCCUCGCCCUCGUUCAGCUGGCGGGAGGCAGCCUUUACCUCUGCAGAGCAUAGUUUGGAGUGAUUUGAAACAAGAGCUUACUUCUCCAGAGUCCAACACCCCAUUUUCUUCUACACUGCCUGCCUCCCUAGCCUCAAGCUAAGUGCCCCAACCUGGUACACGGGCCUGGGACUGGAUGGGUGCUUGAUGCUCAACAGUUGGUCGACUGCCAGUCCUCACCCUCCAUGAGCCUUGGUUCUGAUGCGACCUUUGGUCAUGCAGGGAUGCCCUUACACCCUCCCACGAUGUCAUGAGUGGCAUGCUGCUGACAGGUUUCAUCACAGCAGCAGCCUCAGAAACAGCUGUCCCCAGCCUCAGGUUAGAGCUGCGGUCACCAUCCCUGCACCUCCUUGGGAUGGUGCCGGGAAUCCCUGCCUAAGUCCAAAGCUCUUGAACGGGUCUGUUGGAGCCAUUGGCCCCCUGGAACCAUCAGCCAUGAAUCUGUGUUGGAAUGAAAUAAAAAAGAAGUCUCAUAACUUGCGCGCUCGCCUGGAGGCCUUCUCAGACCACAGCGGAAAACUUCAGCUCCCGCUCCAAGAGAUCAUUGACUGGCUCAGCCGAAAGGAUGAGGAGUUGUCAGCUCAACUGCCCCUGCAAGGGGAUGUGGCCCUGGUACAACAGGAGAAGGAGACGCAUGCGGCCUUUAUGGAGGAAGUCAAGUCUAAAGGUCCCUAUAUCUACUCCGUGCUGGAAUCCGCUCAGGCUUUCCUGACCCAGCACCCAUUUGAGGAAUUAGAGGAGCCUCAUUCUGAGAGCAAAGAUACCUCCCCCAGACAACGAAUUCAGAAUCUUAGCCGCUUUGUGUGGAAGCAGGCAACAGUGGCCAGUGAGCUGUGGGAGAAGCUGACAGCCCGCUGUGUGGAUCAGCAUCGCCACAUUGAGCAUACUCUGGAACAUCUCUUGGAGAUCCAAGGGACAAUGGAGGAACUAAGCAGUACUCUGACCCAAGCAGAGGGAGUCCGAGCCACUUGGGAGCCCAUUGGGGAUCUCUUCAUUGAUUCCCUCCCAGAGCAUAUCCAAGCCAUCAAGCUCUUCAAAGAAGAAUUCUCUCCUGUGAAAGAUGGAGUGAAGUUAGUGAAUGAUCUGGCCCACCAACUUGCCAUUUCUGAUGUACACUUGUCAAUGGAGAAUUCAAGGGCUCUGGAACAGAUCAACAUCCGGUGGAAACAGCUCCAGGCGUCAGUUGGUGAGAGGCUUAAGCAGCUCCAGGAUGCCCACCGGGACUUUGGGCCUGGGUCACAGCACUUCCUCUCCACUUCUGUCCAGGUUCCCUGGGAACGAGCAAUUUCUCCCAAUAAAGUUCCCUACUACAUCAAUCACCAGGCUCAGACCACAUGCUGGGACCACCCCAAGAUGACUGAGUUAUACCAAACCCUAGCUGAUCUGAACAACAUUAAGUUCUCAGCUUAUCGGACUGCCAUGAAGCUCCGCAGAGUCCAGAAGGCCCUGCGCCUGGAUCUGGUAACUUUGACUACGGCUCUGGAGAUCUUCAGUGAGCACGACCUGCAGGCCAGUGAACAUGUGAUGGAUGUGGUGGAGGUCAUUCACUGCCUGACUGCCUUGUAUGAACGACUGGAAGAGGAAAGAGGCAUCCUGGUCAAUGUGCCACUGUGUGUAGACAUGAGCCUCAACUGGCUCCUCAAUGUUUUUGAUAGUGGUCGCAGUGGAAAGAUGCGAGCAUUGUCCUUUAAGACUGGCAUCGCCUGCCUGUGUGGCACCGAAGUGAAAGAAAAGCUUCAGUACCUCUUCAGCCAAGUAGCCAAUUCCGGCAGCCAGUGUGACCAACGGCAUCUUGGUGCCCUGCUUCAUGAAGCCAUUCAAGUGCCCCGUCAGCUGGGGGAAGUGGCAGCAUUUGGGGGCAGCAAUGUGGAGCCCAGUGUCCGCAGUUGCUUUCGUUUUAGCACUGGCAAGCCAGUCAUUGAAGCAUCCCAGUUCCUAGAGUGGGUCAACUUGGAGCCCCAGUCUAUGGUGUGGCUGGCCGUUUUGCAUCGGGUCACCAUUGCUGAGCAAGUGAAGCAUCAGACCAAGUGCUCUAUCUGCAGGCAGUGCCCCAUCAAGGGGUUCAGGUACCGGAGUCUGAAACAGUUUAACGUGGAUAUCUGCCAGACCUGCUUCUUGACAGGCAGGGCCAGCAAAGGCAACAAGCUCCACUAUCCCAUCAUGGAGUAUUACACACCGACCACAUCCAGUGAAAACAUGAGGGACUUUGCCACAACCUUAAAGAAUAAAUUCCGCUCAAAGCAGUAUUUCAGCAAACACCCUCAGCGAGGUUACCUGCCUGUGCAAUCAGUGCUGGAGACUGACUGCAGUGAGACACCGGCUUCUUCCCCGAUGUUGCCACAUGCUGACACACACUCUCGAAUUGAGCAUUUUGCCAGCAGGCUUGCUGAGAUGGAAAGUCAAAAUUGUUCCUUUUUCAAUGGCAGCUUGUCCCCGGAUGACAGCAUAGAUGAGGACCAGUACCUGUUGCGGCACUCCAGCCCCAUCACAGACAGGGAGCCAGCCUUUGGACAGCAGGCUCCAUGCAGCAUGGGCACAGAAAGCAAGGGGGAGCUAGAGAAGAUCUUGGCCCAUCUAGAAGAUGAGAACCGGAUUCUCCAGGGAGAGCUGAGGCGCCUGAAAUGGCAGCACGAAGAAGCGGCAGAGGCCCCCACCCUGACCGAGGGCUUCAAUGCAGUGACCCCAGACCACCGCAAUGAAGAGCUUCUGGCUGAAGCCAGGAUCCUGCGGCAGCACAAGAGCCGCCUGGAGACGCGCAUGCAGAUCCUUGAAGACCACAACAAGCAGUUAGAGUCUCAGCUGCAGCGCCUGAGGGAGCUGCUCCUGCAGCCACCUACUGAGUCAGACGGCAAUGGUUCUGCAAGCUCAUCCCUAGCUUCCUCUCCACACCAGUCAGAAGGGAGUCAUCCCCGGGAGAAGGGCCAGACUACUCCAGACACCGAGGCAGCAGAUGAUGUGGGGUCAAAGAGUCAGGAUGUCAGCCUAUGCUUAGAAGACAUCAUGGAGAAGCUCCGUCAUGCCUUCCCCAGUGUGCGAAGCUCUGAUGUGACGGCGAACACCCUGCUGGCCUCUUGAUGGAGUCGGAUCCUCAUCCUGUAGUCCUUUUCCUUUCCUGCUUCUUGUCAAAGCCUUCCCUCAACCUUUGCCCAACCUUUCUACUACCCACUGGCUCCACAUUCCUCAACCAGAGAUAUUUGGACCUGGGGCAGCAGCAGGGGAUGUGAUGCCCAGGCAAAGGCAAAUCACACUUGUCAUGCAGAUGAGGAGCAGAGAAUUACCUUGCAGAGCUAAGCAGUGCCCACUGGCCCCUUUCUGUCCUCCAUGGAAUCAUGGAGAGGAAAGCAUAAUGGCCCCAGGGUGUCCGCAUUAUGGACCCCCGGAGGGGUUAGGCCUACUCUCUGGCCCACUUGAAAGAGGCAAAUGGGUAUCCCUGAGGCACCGGUCCAAAGUGCCCCUUAGGGAAGUCUGGGCAGUGUAGGUCCUACUACUUCAGCUCCAGAGCAUAGUUUUCACCUUCAGAAUUCUACCUGCAUGGUUCUUACUCAACCAUGUGACUUCCUCCCGCCACAGUACCUGUCAGAUCUUCUCUGAUGGGGGAACAAUUCACCGUGGCUGUGCUUCCACCCUGUUUGGGGGACCAUUAAAGACAUACUUGUGGAUUUCUAGUCCCUACUCCCGAUCCUCCUGUUUCCUGAAGACCGUGGCAUCCCAAGAGACUCCUUGAGAUGCUCUCGUACCCAUAUGAAGCCACUCUUUGGUCUUCUGAGUCUGUCCUCACAGAUCUGGGGCAGGAGUGGCAGCCUCUUCAACAAGGAUGCCUUGCUCUCGCUCUCUCCCCUUGGGUAAGAGGAAAAGAAACCCUCUAUCCUAGGGGAAUGUGAGCCUGCACUCUCCAAGCUAUAACCACUUGAGAGCAUAGGCUGGAUUAGGUGAGGUGGCUGAUUGGCCCCAGCUGCUCACUGCAAAGUUCCAACUGACCAGCCUGAAUAGUGGUCCCUGCCUAGAAGCCACUAGACUUGAAUCCGAAAACUGGCCACAUUCCACCCAGAGAGCAGCAAGGUCUUCCUGUGCAUAAAACUGUUGCUAACUCUGAAAUGUGAACCCAGUCCUCAAAAUGAACUAACUUUUCCUAGACUGUAUAUACCGUGAUUCCUUUGUCCAGCAACCGUUCCAAAUAGAGUGUGGAGGUGGGAAGAGCUGGCUGGGGAACUUGGAGUGGAGCCAGAGCCCACUUGGGCUACUUUCUCCAGAGGAGAGCUUUCUCCCCAGAGCUGUGCAAGUGACUAAAUUUUGAGUUUACCCAUCCAUACAUAUCUAUUCUACAUAUCUACUGGACAUCAGUGCUCUCCCAGCCUCAUUCACACAUUCAAUUCUAAUACUUCUUGAAGAAUUAGUGCCCUGCCUUGCUCUUCGUUAGUCUCAGUCUCUGGUUGGGAAGCAAGAUCCACCCUGGUUGUGCCCUAGGAUGUUUCUCUCCAUUGAUAUUUGAGGUGAGCUGACCUUAAUACCAAAGCAGUGGAAGUCCGUGGCCACAGAGUAAUCAAACAGGAAGAGACAUUCUGCUCUCUUCACUAAUUCCAAACUUUGUUCCUCUGAGACUUGGUCCUUACGGAUUUUUUUCUGGCCACCCCUAAACAAUGAUUUAGGAGCCAAAAGAGAAGACAUCCAACCUCUAUCCAUUCCACACAGAAAAGAAGGAACAAAAGGUGUAUGAUAGCCUUUGCCAGGCUAAGACAUAGAAUAGAUACUAUGGUCCCCUAAGUUCCUAAAGUCUAGCUCAUGGCCUUACAUAAUGCAGUGGUUGUCACCAAGGUCAGCAGGAGUGAGAUGGUUGGAGUUCUGGUUUAUAAACCUAGCCAUGGUCAACAUGUAGAACUGCUAGGAACCUAGACUGAUUUAUUCUGGGUACAUAGAGCAGUAGCUUGACUCAAGGAGCCAAGAUUGCAUUCUCCCCAACUAAGCUACAGGUUUAGGGGUCAAAUUUCAUGUCUGGAGGUCUCUGGGCCCAAUAACUGGGUAUCUGUUUAUGUGGUGAGCAUUUGGUAAGCAAGCAUCAAACACAGAGCCAGGUCAUCAUCAGAAUGAGGCAUCUUUGUAGGGGCCUAGAUUGUGGGCAGUAUUCAGAUAAAUUUGUUGUGGAACAGAGGACUCAGAAACUAUCAAGUGUGUGCCUCCCUACGCCUGCGGAGGACAGAUACUAUGGAGCCAUCUUUUAUGAGAGUCCUUUCCUUAGCCUCCACUAAAGAGCUCUGAGGCUGCUGAGGGUCUGUGACAACUGCGUUGGACUGGAAUUGGUAGAAAAGAUGUUGAUCUUGUCAUGUAGGAUUUGUGCUGGAGGUAGACCGAAGCAGCAAGUCAGGGUUGAAGCCUCGCUAAGGGAGUCACUGGCACUUUGCCAUCUUGUGUUUAGCCGCAAUGCCGAAGGUGAGCAUAUUGCUCAAGGGUCCACUAGCAGUCCUGGCUGCACACGUAGGCAGCUUGCAUGCCGUGAUGAAAAAGGCUCCUUGGACAGCAGUGUAAAUCCACACUGGAGAUGAAGUUAGCAAAGAUGCGUUCUAUGUUUUGGGGGAAGUUGUGUGUUGUAACUCCUAAAGGAGUCUUGUGUAAGGUAUGACUGGGAGGUAGCUAAUGAGUUGCUGGGUUAGUAGCCUAAGGAAAAACCUUCUGACUUAAGAGAUUAGUAUCUGUGAUGAGGAACGUGUUUACUGGACGUGUUAUCAAAUAGUGGAGGCAAUUUAUUCUGGACAGAAUUCGAUAGAGAACAAUAAGCCAUUGGGAGGGUAGCUGUGCUUUCAGUUAGAGCAUUGAUUGGCAAUUGUUAGGGAAGGCUGACUGGCUGGAAAACAUAAGGCUGUGGUACACAGUUCAUUUCCUAGAGAGUGUUCCACCAAGGAGGAAAUGUGCCCUUCUCUUCAGAUUGCAAAGGUUGGAAUAAAGGCUCUCAGUGUAUCUCUCAAGUCCCAGAGUGAGGCAGUCUUUCCCUAUGGAGAAACCUGCUUGCGAUUGCAGGUGUUUUGUGAACUGGUCUGGCAGACCACACUAGUUAAAAACAAACUUAGGGGAAAGGCGGAGGCCAAGCCCGGGAGAUCUUUAUCACCAGAUUAGUUCUAAGGAAUAGCCUUGCUUCCUGGGGCGUGUGGGGUACGUGUUUUAAAAGGGUUUCGGGGCUUCAUGUCCAGCUUUAGGCUAGAGCAUUUUUUGAACUCAUAUUUUCAGUGGCAGAGCUGUGGCCUUUGGGACCAUUUUCUGUCAGUAAUUCCAUCCAAUUUCCCUUGAUACUGUUGACAGAUAGCCAGCCAAGUUGCUGCCUUAUUAUGGACAGUCCUGGGAGAGAACCUGGAGGCACUCCCCUAAGUCUGUGGGCAUUUAGCUCCUCAGCUGGGUAGCCCAAUCUGUGGACCUCCCUGCAGAAAGCUGGUACUUGGAACAAAGAAGUACUUCUUACUGGUUUGACACUUGUGACUCAAGGCCAGGGCUCCUGUCCUCCUCCUCCUCACUUGUCAUGUUUGGGAGGAGACCUGAUGAAUGUCCUUGCUGUCCCCACGGCAGUAUUAAGGGCAGACUGAAAUCGGCAGGAACAAAUCAAAAGGAUGAAAAUUAGGGAUGGGAUCGGGGAGGAGGUGUCAAGAAAGGCAUGCAAUUGUCUAAAAGUUUGGGAUUAAAGGUCGGGGCUAGGAGCAAAUGGGUUAACAUCAAUUGCCACUCACUGUGGUGCUUUUCCCAUUUUAUCCUUGAAUUCUGCUUUAAAAAGAAUAAAUUUGUAUUUGUUUA